AUGAUCUAUGACGAUCCAUCAAGUGACGCAACCACGGGACUCAUCAGCAGAACGAUCCUGGAGCGCUCGGGUUACCUCAGCAACGAUGCCUUCAGCGUCAGGUGCGAGUUCCGCGUGCCCGUAAACGUCGCGGAGACCGUCCUGCUGCCGACCGAGGAGCCACCGCCAAGCAGUCCGACUCCGAAUCAUGAACAUGCCGAGGCUCUUAUCCGCUUCAUCACCAACGACGUGCCGACGGACGUGACCCUCGAGGUUGGCGGUGAGACCUUCUGGGCGCACAGGCGUUUCCUCGCCGCUCAGUCCUCGGUGUUCGCGGCAUUAUUCACUGGGCCGAUGAGGGAGAACACCGCCCCUUCUGUCCGGAUCGACGACAUGGAACCACUCGUGUUCAAGGCUAUGCUCGACUUCAUCUACACGGGCAACCUGCCACCACCUCCCGAGGACCUCGAGGGCGACAACCAAAUUGCCAUGACUCAGCACCUUCUUGUGGCGGCGGAUAGGUACGACCUCCAGAGGCUCAAGUCCAUCUGUGCGGAGAAGCUACGCGCUUACAUUGACAUGAGUACGGUGGCUACUACUCUCGACCUGGCUCAGCGACACCGUUGCCACGAGCUCAAGGACGCAUGCUUUGAUUUCCUUGCUCAGACCAAAGGCAAUCUCAAAGCAAUUCUCAAGAGCGACGGCUUUGAGCAACUCAUCACCGAUUACCCAUUAGUUAUAGUGGAGCUAUUACCCCGGGUUGCUCCCUUACCUCGUUGA